AUGAUGGCGGAGCAGGUGAAAUGCGCCUCGGCAGGGGGCGGCUCCGGAGCGGGCUCCGGGCCGGUGGUGAACGCGGAGCUGGAGGUGAAGAAGCUGCAGGAGCUAGUGCGCAAGCUGGAGAAGCAGAACGAGCAGCUGCGGAGCCGGGCGGCUAGCGCGGCCGCCGCCCCGCACCUGCUGCUGCUGCCGCCGCCGUUAUACGUUGGCUCUUCAAAGACAUUCACAUCAUCAGAGAAAUCCCUGAGCCCUUUGCAGUGGUGUAGACACGUCCUAGAUAACCCGACUCCAGAGAUGGAAGCAGCAAGGCGUUCCCUGUGCUUUAGACUGGAGCAAGGUUACACCUCCAGGGGCUCCCCUCUCAGUCCCCAGUCCUCUAUAGACAGUGAGCUGAGCACUUCGGAAUUGGAAGAUGAUUCUAUCUCCAUGGGAUAUAAGUUACAGGAUCUCACUGACGUUCAGAUCAUGGCUCGUCUCCAAGAAGAAAGUCUCAGGCAAGAUUACGCUUCCACCUCAGCAUCUGUGUCCAGACAUAGCUCCAGUGUGUCACUGAAUUCAGGAAAAAAAGGGACGUGUAGUGAUCAAGAAUAUGAUCGCUUCAGUCUGGAGGACGAGGAAGAAUUUGAUCAUUUGCCACCACCUCAGCCUCGUCUUCCAAGGUGUUCACCUUUCCAAAGAGGCAUUCCCCACUCACAGACUUUCUCCAGCAUUCGGGAGUGUAGGAGGAGCCCCAGUUCCCAGUAUUUUCCUUCAAGUAAUUACCAGCAGCAACAGUAUUACUCACCUCAAGCCCAAACUCCAGAUCAGCAACCAAAUCGGACCAAUGGAGACAAGCUCCGGAGAAGUAUGCCUAAUCUAGCUCGGAUGCCAAGUACGACUGCUGUCCCUAGCAAUGCUGGCUCACCAGUCACCGUGAGAAAUAGUCAGAGUUUUGACUCGAGCUUGCAUGGAGCCGGAAAUGGGAUUUCAAGAAUACAGUCUUGCAUUCCCUCCCCAGGACAGCUUCAGCACAGAAUGCACAGCGUGGGGCAUUUCCCAGUGUCUGUGCGGCAGCCUUUGAAAGCCACGGCCUACGUGAGUCCCACUGUGCAGGGCGGCGGCGGCAGCAUGCCUUUGUCCAACGGCCUCCAGCCAUAUUCCAGCACAGGCAUCCCCACACCAAACAAAGCGGCCGCCGUGUCGGGGACGAUGGGCCGCAGUGCGCUUCCCAGACCUUCACUGGCAAUAAACGGGAGUAACCUGCCUCGAAGCAAAAUUGCACAGCCUGUUAGAAGUUUCCUUCAGCCUCCAAAGCCUCUGUCUUCGCUCAGCGCUCUGAGGGACGGAAGCUGGAGAGACGGUUGCUACUGA